GGCAAGCCUGCUUUACGGCUCAAGGCCGCUUUUUACGUCAUUUUCCGGCUUCCCAUUCACUUCGCAGUGAAGAUGGCGUCCGGCAGUGGGACGAAAAACUUGGACUUUCGCCGAAAGUGGGACAAAGAUGAAUAUGAGAAGCUUGCCGAGAAGAGACUCACGGAAGAGAGAGAAAAGAAGGAUGGAAAACCAGUGCAGCCAGUCAAAAGGGAGCUCCUCCGGCAUAGAGACUACAAGGUGGACCUGGAAUCCAAGCUUGGGAAGACAAUUGUCAUUACUAAGACCACACCACAAUCAGAGAUGGGAGGGUAUUACUGCAAUGUCUGUGACUGUGUUGUGAAGGACUCCAUCAACUUCCUGGAUCACAUUAAUGGAAAGAAACAUCAGCGAAAUCUGGGCAUGUCUAUGCGUGUGGAACGUUCCACCUUGGAUCAGGUGAAGAAACGUUUUGAAGUCAACAAGAAGAAGAUGGAAGAGAAACAGAAGGAUUAUGAUUUUGAGGAAAGGAUGAAGGAGCUCAGAGAAGAAGAGGAAAAGGCCAAAGCCUACAAGAAAGAGAAACAGAAGGAGAAGAAAAGGAGGGCUGAGGAGGACUUGACAUUUGAGGAGGAUGAUGAGAUGGCAGCUGUGAUGGGCUUCUCUGGCUUUGGUUCCACCAAGAAGAGUUACUGAGGCUUUCUAUGCUUGGCCCUUUGCUAACUUUGUGUGUGAGGGGGGUCAUUUUUUUCCGGGGUACUUGGGAAAGUCCUUAAGAGUGGCAAUGGGGAGGGCUCGAGGGUGGGUGUUUGUGGUUUCCCUCUACUUUGGGAAAGAGCACAGGAUGCAGAGGAAAUGCUGUGGCAUUUCCUUCAGCCUCAGUAUGUCACUGGAGUCACAGGACCUCUGCCUGAGUUCCCAAUAAAAACCUCUUCUGAGGCUGCUUUCCCUAAACUCCCCCUGCAUCUUUCCCUCUUCAUCUGUCCAACCUCUUACCUGAGCAUACUACAUUGAUCCUGUGUUCUCCCUUUGUUUUAAUUUUGACUCUUGGCUUAGCCUGCAGCAGAAAGGUUCUCUGGGUCCCCAGUUUCCAGUUGCUAGCAUAUUUUUGACCAGCCUUCUCUCCCCCUCAACCCCCUCUGGUUUUCUGCCACCUGUGCAUGCAUGUGUAUUUCUGCCUGGGUCUGGUAUGUGCGGGCGUGUGUGCAUGAAUUUGUCACAUAGGGGGAGCCUGAGCUAGAACCUCAGAGCAUUGCUGCCUUGGGGCCUGAUGUUCUUGGCUCCUUCAGUGCAUGUAACAGGAAAUUAAAUGGGACGAGUGUUUGGUGUGGUUUUUGUCUGGUGAGUUUUUUAACCUUUGUUCUUCAUAUGUAGACUGUUGAGCGUUUCCUGUUUGUUUCAUUUUAUUGAGGAUUACUCUUUUUUUUCUUCCUUGUGAGCAGGCUCUUGGAAGAACCUGUUUGAUGCAAAAAAGAAAAAGGAAAAAAAACUUCAUAUGGGAGCCCUUGGGUCUCAGAGACUGUUCAACAUGUAUAAUAAAUGGCAUUGACUGGGCCUAUUCACAUUUGGUGGGAACAUUCCAUAUUCUUCCCUGUGUAUUGUUUUUUUCUUCAUACACUGAGUAUUUACAUAUAGAGCUUAUUCUUUCUUCUCCCUUCAUUUGAGUCCUGUCACUUUUUUUUCCCUAGGUUCCUUCAGCACGAGUUGUAUUUUCCUCUGAUGGGAUGUGUAUCCGGAGGAGACUGAACAAAACUUUUUCUCUAAUUUUAGCCUCCUUUGGUCUCUUUUUUGGAACAGCAGAGUUGAGGGUUGAACUUAGUGUGUUCCUUAUUAUCUGCAGUUAGACUAAGCACAGGGUUACUGGGUUUUGGCACUGUUGACAUUUUCGGUUGGCUAAUUCUUUGUUCUGGAGGCUGUCUUGUGCAUUUUAGGAUGUUUAGCAAUAUCCGUAGCCUCUGCUUGUAGUGCACCUCCUCCCCAAGUAGGACAGCUAAGAUUGUGUCCCCAGGAUAUGGUGAAAUCCCUAAUCCCAGCCCCAUUCAGAACCACUGAGAAACUGCCUUCCCUACUUUGGUGUAACUUGAGCAUUAGAUCACACAGAUUGCUGAACUAAAAAAAAAAAAAAAAAAGCUUUGAAAAUCCC